AUGACUAAGUUUCGCCCUAUUAGUUUAUGCAAUGUUGUUUACAAGAUACUUUCAAAAGUCCUUGUAAGUCGUCUAAAAUUUAUUCUUCCUGGUCUUAUUUCUCAUCAUCAGAGUGCUUUUGUUCCGGGAAGGUUGAUAACUGAUAAUGCUAUUGUUGCUUUUGAAAUUUUCCAUGCUCUGAAAAGAAGAAAGGAGGGUAGAGCGGGAACUAUGGCAUUAAAACUUUAUAUGAGUAAGGCGUAUGAUAGGGUGGAAUGGAGUUUUUUGGAAAAAGUGAUGUGUCGUAUGGGUUUUUGUGGGGCAUGGAUACAGAAAAUGUUAAUGUCUUUCUCUGCUUUGUUGUCUAAGGCGGCUAAUGCUAGACUUAUUACUGGAGCGCAAAUUUGGUGGGGUGCUCCUAGAGUAUCUCACUUGUUAUUUGCGGAUGAUAGUAUUUUAUUUGCUAGAGCUACACUUCAGGAAUGCUCGAAAAUUGCCGACAUUAUUGGCAUAUAUGAAAGAGCAUCUGGGCAAAAAAUUAAUUUUGAUAAAUAUGAAGUGUCAUUUAGUAAAUGUGUGGAUGUUAUGAGGAGAAUGGAUAUAUUAGCGGUCCUUGGUGUCAAACAAGUUGAGAAGCAUGAGAAAUAUUUGGGGCUCCCUACCAUUAUCAGAAGGUCGAAAAAAGCGGUUUUUGCUUGCCUCAAGGAAAGAAUUUGGAAGAAAAUGCAAGGAUGGAAGGAAAAAUUGCUCUCUCAAGCCGGUAAGGAGGUGUUGAUUAAAGCAGUUGCUCAAGCAAUCUCUACUUAUAUGAUGGGGUUAUUUCAUAUUCCGGAUUCCCUCAUUGAUGAAAUUCAUGCUAUGAUUGCUCGUUUUGGUGGGGAUCGUCCGUGGAGGGUUGGUGACGGUGGAAAGAUUAAUGUAUGGGAAGACUUUUGGCUACCUAGUGACAGUGGGAUUAAAAUUCCUACAGUGAAUGUAGAGAGCCCCGCUGAUCUUUGUGUUGCGGAAUUAAUUGAUCACAAAAGACAUUGCUGGGAUGUUGAGGCUUUACAUCAACAUUUGAUUGCUGAGGAUAUUGCUAUAGUGCAGGGACUUCUGUUGAGCUUAAAUAAUGUUUCGAACUCUAUGUAUUGGUCACCUGCUACUGAUGGAAUGUACUCCACCACAAAAUCAAGUUACUGGUUAGCAAGGAUGGGUCAUGUGAGUGGCUGGACAGAACGCUUCAGAGGUGAUAGGGCUGCAAUCUGGAAUGCGAUAUGGAAUAAUGGUGGUCCUCCCAAAUUGUGUCAAUUUUUGUGGAGAGCAUGUACGAAAUCUUUGGCAACGCUUGGUAGAUUGCGACAAAGACAUGUUAGGGAUAAUGGUGUGUGUGGGGUGUUUCAUAAUUCACAAGAAAGCAUAGUCCAUGCGAUAUUCCUAUGCCCAAAUGUGAGCCAAGUGUGGGAUUUUUCUCCGUUUGCUGACUUGCUUCGUGAUGCACCAAGCGAGAGUUUCUUUGACAAAUUUACGUGGGUGAAAGGAAAACUGAAUAAGAGCGAUUUGCUGGAGUUUGCUGCCUUUGCGUGGGCUACGUGGUCGUAUCGUAACUCAGUGGUGUUUGAUAAUUCUUGGCAGAACAGAGAUGUGAGGGUCCUGGGCUUUCUGAGAUUAGUGAAAGAUUACAAGAAAUACAACAAUGUUGUGAGGGUCAGCUCCCCUACUGCUGUGGCGAGGAAUGAAUGGAAGCCGCCUUCUGCGGUGUUUAUUCGCAUCAAUUCUGAUGCUGCUGUUAUCAACGAAAAUAAUGCUAGUAUUGGAAUGGUAUUGAGGGAUGAGCAGGGGGUUAUGGUGGCAGCUAAGGUGAAGCGUAUUGCAGGGAUGCCUUCUAUUAAAGUGCUCGAAGCUAUGGCUGCUAGGAUGGGGCUUUAG